AUGAGAACCCUUUGUGGUGCUGGAAUCUUCUCCUGGAAUCUCCACAAAGGUAACCUGGACGAUGCCGAACCAACGUGCAACAAGAGUCAGGUGAAGAAAGUCAUAUCGGGAGUGGUUGGCGCAGCAUCCAGCGUAACUUCGGUUCAAGUUGCCAAUCUUUUGAGGCUCUUCAAGAUACCUCAGCAGUUGUAUCGUAUUUCAUCCGCUACAUUUCCUAAGCAUACGCAAAUAUAUAUGUAUUCGCAAUUUAAAUACUCCAUCCAAUCCCAUCCUACUAGAUCUCGCACUUCCGACUUGUAUCCCCCUCCUCACCGAACUGCUGCGUUUGACAAAUCCUUUGCAAUUCAAGCCUCCUCCUUCUGGAAUCCCAUCCCUGCUGAUAUUCGACACGCACAAUCAGUUCCCUCUUUCAAACCUCUCCUCUUUAAACACCUACUCCUUUCUCAAUCUGCCUGUUUACGAAAUAUACCUAAAAGACCUGUCUAG